AUGAUUGCUCUUAAGCUAAACUUGAAAACUUUCUCGCGUUUUUUGUUGAUUAUUGCUUUGUUAAACAUAUUAUUAACAAGUGUCUCUGUAGCUUUAAGAUGCCGUACAGAUGAUGGACCAUCGGAAGCCGAAUUAAAGCGGGUAACGCGUAAUUGUAUGCGAAAACUUAGUGAGAAUUAUAUGCAAACAACUUUAAAUGGCCAUCAACAAAAUCAGCAUACGCAACAGCAUAAUGUUUAUCAAGAAGGAGGACGAGUAAGUGGAAGCCAGGAUAGAAUGUAUGAUCAAAGUUUUCCAUCUCGCAGCCGUAGCUAUGACUAUGAUAGUAGCUAUGAUGCCGGCAAUGAUAAUCACGAGGAUAAUGGCGGGCCAGGAUUGAAUUUUAAUUCCUACGAACGUCAGUCGAAUAAUCCAAAUAAUAAUAAUAGACAAAAUUAUGGAAACAAUCGUCGAAGUGGAGGUAGCAUCGGCUCAACAAAUAAUGACGAUUAUAUGGCCCAACGCAAUCGUGAUAGGAAUGCCAAUAGUCGAACUAUUGGAGAUAAUGGUGGCGAUUAUUCAAAUUAUAAUCAAAGAAAUCAAUUUAAAUCACACGAAAAUUAUAAUAACAAUAACAACAAUAAUAGUACGCGAUAUAAUAAUAGAUACAAUAACGAUAACAAAAUCAAAAACAGUAACAACAACAAUUCCGCUGAUGGCUUUUGUUUGGUGCAUUGUUUUUUCGAGCAAAUGCAAAUGCUUAAUAAUCGCCACUAUCCAGAUCAGCACAAAGUUUUAUAUGUCUUGACUAGGGAUAUCCGCGAUCGUGAGUUACGCAACUUCUACACGGAUACGAUACAUCAGUGCUUCCAUUAUUUGGAAUCACAGCAUCGCCGAGAUAAAUGUCAAUUUUCUAGAGAUUUAAUCAAUUGCAUGACCGAAUAUGCUAAAGGCAAUUGCGAUGAUUGGAAUGAGUUCAGCAUGAUGUUUAAUUAA